GCUUUAGGUCGCGCGCAGGCAUGGCCAUGGAUGCGGUGGCGCUCACCGUGGGCGGCAAUGCGGCGGCGGCGGCGCCGGUGGAUGCCGAGCGAGCGCGCUUCCCGCACUGCGUGGUGUGGACGCCAUUGCCCAUCGUCUCGUGGCUGUCGCCGCUCAUCGGCCACGUAGGGAUCUGUCGCGCCGACGGUGUCAUCCUCGACUUCGCCGGCCCCUUCUUCGUCAACGUGGACGGCUUCGCCUUCGGCUCGCCCGCAAAGUUCCUCCGCCUCGACCCCGACCAGGUGCGUAGUGACAUGUUGCAGCUAACCGCAUGACACUGGUUGCCGCAGUGCUGCUUCCCCGCAUUCGCCUUGUCGGGGCACCGCUGCCGGGAGGCGUUCCGGCACUCGCAGCUGGGUACCGCCAGCGACUGGGACGACGCCCUGCGCAGCUGCAUGCACAAGUUCCAGCACAAGACGUACAACUUCUUCACCUGCAACUGCCACUCGUUCGUCUCCACCUGCCUCAACCGCGCCGCGUACCAGGGCCGCACCGACUGGAACAUGAUCCACAUCGUCGCCCUGGUGCACUGCCGCGGCCACUGGAUCGGCCCCGCCGCGCUCCUCAGGUCGCUCGCGCCUUUCGUCCUCGUCCUCUGCAUCGGCCUCCUCACCGCCGGCUGGCCCUUCCUCGUCGGCUGGGCGCUCAUCUCCUCGCUCCUGGCGGCAUGGUUCGUGUUCGCCACCUGUUGCGCCCGCGGCGUCGCCGACUGCUAGCCCGAGGCCCGGGCUUUUUUAGGGCUCCCUCCCGGCUUCUCGUGCCUAGGGCGCACCCACACACCAUGUUCUAUGGCGCAGCGGUGUGGGAUCCGUGGCUCAUUGUGUCGCAGAUCGUCUGCAUCCAGUGCCUGAGCUAUGUCAGCCUUGGCGCGCUGCUGUGGGCAUUCGUGGGAGUCCAGGUACCGAGGUUUACGCUCCACUUCUUCUUCGACCACACGCUGCUCUCCUUCUCCUCCGCCACCGGCUGGUGCCUCAUCUCGGCCUUCAUCCUCAACUCGCUCCUAGUGUAAGUGCCUGCCCCUCCCCUCCAGAUCCACACAAACAAAUCUCUCAUUCUCCCUUUUA